AUGCUUGGAUCUCUUGGUCUGUGUCAAGAGGGUGGGUGGCCCAAUGCAUGUGUGAGUUAUGUGGGUGAAAGAGAGUUUGUGCGUGUUACAGCAGUGCAGACAGUUCUGGUGGUUAUUUUGAAAAGGGACAAGUCAGAAUUCGAGAGGGAAAAAAGGUGGUUAAAAGCAACCCAAACUACUUUUACUGUAUCGCUCAUUAUUAUUCUAAAAACUCGAAUCUUUGUUUGUUUGCACAUACGAACAGUAUUUCUGUUUGUUGUUUUGUUUCCCCGCGUUUACAGUGGAAAAACAGAUGGGUUGAUUCUUCGGAAACCUUCGCCGGUAGCAGACUGCCUGUCCUUGCUGGUGUAUAAGGGGCGUGGAGAGAAGAGUAAAGGACAGCGGGAGAGGAGUCAGGCCACGUUGAGGGAUAUCUGUGGGCUGGAGGCUCUUCAGGGGUUUGAUGGAGUGAAUUACGUGCUCAGUCUGCUCUGCCUGAGCCAGUCUGUCAUGCUGGGCUUCGACAACAAAGCGUCUCUUCUGGCCUGGGAUGCUCGUAUCCGCUACAGCCUUGGAGAGGUCCACAGGUUCAACAUCAUCAUGUCCAGCCUGGCACCAAACUAG